UCCCGCCAAAUACCCUGAUAUCCCCGGUAUCAAUUUAAAUGCACACAUAUCCAUUAAUUCCUCCAUCUCCCCAAUUCACCCAUGGUAUUUCCUAUACUAUUAUAUCCUUUAUAAUCCUCUUAUAUCCUUCAUAAUUCCUUUGUAUCCCCGAUAUUACUCAAAUUAUCAUCCAUCCAAACACUUUUAUAUAUCACAAAAGAAAGUAGGACUGCUGACACUUAUUUAUUAGUGAUACUUCAAUUUUUAAUUGGAAAAUGGCUAAUACAUACUUGAUAAAAAAAUUUUUCUCAUUUUUGCGCUCUUGCGUUUUGCGUUUUGCGUUUUUUGCGUUUUGCGUUGAUUUUUGGCCUUGCGUUGCGUUUUGCGUUUUGCGUUUUUGGAAAUUGUCUCUUGCGCCCGCCCCUGCCCCCGAUAAUUUCAUAAUACACCAAAAUCUCCUGAUAUACCUUCAAUUCCCAAAUCAUCAAUAUCGCUCCUAAUCCGUGUUAUGUCCUAGAGUGCGGUCGCGGUAACGCAAAAGUACAUUUAAUCUGAGGAUAAAUAUAGAAGUCUGGCUUAUUGGCCUUCCAAUAUAAUUCAAAGAAAUGUCGGUGGAGUAAAGAGGUUAUUACGGAUUUGAUGGGGGAUUUGGAAUGGAUAUCGGCGGUCCUUUCUGUUCCCUACGAAUUUCCUUAUAUCAUUAAUCGCAUCAAAUCCACUUAUAUCCUCGGUAAUCACCUUGUAUUCCCGAUAACUCUCCAAAUCAUUGUUCAUCCAAACCCUUGCAUCGAACACACGAUCCUCU